UGAUUCAUCGCCGCUGUCUUUUGGUCUCAUUCCUCACCUCGCUGAUUGGCUCAUCGCCGCUGUAGUCUCUCCUCACCACCGCCGCCGCCGCUGUCUCCUUCCCUUUCCGAUCAACGCCUACUCGUCGUCGUCGACUCGUCACUUCGGUCUCUCUGCCCACCUACUCGCCACUGAUCGCAAUUCGCAGCUCACUUCUCUACUCUCAAAUCGGUUGCCACCAGUUGAAACUGCGCAAAAAUCUUGAAAAAUUCAAACCAAGAUAUUGCUCCAAGUCUCCUAAACAUCACUGUAUACAACCUCACACAUUGAUACAACUUGAAAACAGCAGUUUCAGAGAUGUUGGAUGUAAGACAAGAAUAUGUCGUGGAUGCUACUCCUUUGCAAACAAGAACAGGUGAAAAGAGGAAAAGAGAAGGCAGGUUAAAAUCUAAGGUUUGGGAACAUUUCACAAAACUGGAGAACAUGCCCGGAAAACACAAAGAAUGUAUGUGCAAUUACUGUGAAAAGUUAUUCUCUUGCUCAAGCACAGCAGGAACAACCCAUUUGAAGCGUCACAUAUUUCUCCGACGGUGUGCAGUUUACAAGAAUGAAAAUGAGGACAAGUCUCAAUCACUUCUGAAUUAUGAAAAGGGAAGCUUGGAGCAAGCUAGUAAUGUUGGCCCAUGGAAAUUUGAUCAAGAGCGUAGUUGGCGUGACCUUACAGAACUUAUAAUUAAUUUGGAGUUGCCGUUUAAUUUUGUUGAAGAUCCUUCCUUUCAAAAGUAUAUUUUGGGUAUCUACCCGAAGUAUAACUUUGUCUCUUCGAACAUGGUGAGGAGUGAUAGUAUAAAAUGUUAUGAGAUUGAGAAAAACAUUUUGAAGGAGAUUUUGCAAAGUUCAAACCCCAGGGUGUGUUUAACAACUAACGCUUGGACCUCUAGUCAAGGCCUGCAGUAUAUGGCACUUAAAAUUCAUUUUAUUGAUAAUGGGUGGAAGUUACAAAAGAGGAUCAUUAACUUUGUCAUGGUUCCGAUUGAGGCAAGUGUUGACAAUCUUGCGAAUAUUGUUAAAAAUUGCUUGCUAGAGUGGAAUAUUGAGAAGAUUUGCACCAUUACAUUGGAUGAUAGUACUGCUAAUGAUCUUCUUGCAAGAACCCUUUCAGGGCAUUAUUCUUCUAGAGGCUUGCUAUUACUCCAAGGUCGUGCUAUUCAGGUGCAUUGUUUGGGUCAUGUUUUGAACUCAAUUGUUCAAGAAGGAUUGGAUGAGAUUAAGGACUCAAUUUGUAGAGUUCGCAAUGCGGUGAAAUAUGUGAAGGUAACCCCUAGGAAAAAAGUUGAAUUUCUUCAUUAUGUUGAUCAAGAACGUAUUCCUCGAGGUAAGAUGCUGGUUUUAGAUAUUUGCACAUGGUGGAAUUCUACAUACAAGAUGCUUGGUUCGGCUUUGCAUUAUAGGAAAGCAUACGAUCGUAUGCGAUCAUGUGACCCACACUUUAAGGAUCCACCUAGUCCUGAGGAUUGGGAGAAGGCUAAGAUUGUUCAUCAUUUCCUUGAAUCCUUUUUCAUUGUGGCUAACACAUUUUCCAGAACUAAAUAUUGUACAGCAAAUGUGUUCUUUCAAGAGGUUUAUAGGAUUCUAAUGUUGUUGCGUGAAACAGCCACUGAUUUAGGUUCUUUACUUGGAAGGAUGGCAUUGAAUAUGCUAGUGAAAUUUGAGAAGUAUUGGAUAGAGAAAGAACCAAACAUUUUACUUUCCAUGGCUGUUGUUCUUGAUCCUAGGUUCAAGCUUAAGUAUUUGAGGUUUUGCUACAACAAGAUUUAUGAUUCUAGAUUGGUAGGAGAUUUGAUGGGUCGUGUGGAAGAUGAGCUUCGUAAACUUUUUGACGAGUAUGUAGCUGAAUAUGAGGCUUCUCGUAUGAAAGACACUUCUAGUAAGAGUUGUGAUAAGGGUAUUUCAUCCGUUACGUGCCCCUCUUCUUUCAAGAUAAAAGCAGACUUAAUGGAAGAGUUUUACAAGUUUACCGAGGAAGAGAUUUUGGAAAUUAAGACAGAAUUAGAUGUCUACAUGGAGGAAAAACUCCACCGAAGCAAACUUUCAAGUGAUGAGGAAGAAUUUGACAUUUUGCAAUGGUGGAAGGCUAAUUCUUCUAGGUUUCAAGUGUUAUCUAGGAUGGCACGUGACAUUUUAGCCAUUCCCGUGUCUUCACUUACUUCAGAGUGUGCAUUUAGUACUGAUGGUAAGGUUCUUAACAAGUUUCAUAGUUCAUUGCUUCCUUCUACCAUUGAGGCAUUGGUUUGUACCCAAGAUUGGAUUCGAGGUGAGCCGGCGCAGACUGAAUUUGAGGAGGAAAUGGAUAUGGCUUUUGCAACCCUCAAUAUAUAAAAUUUUAAAGCUCGAGGGUUUUUGCUUACUGUGCGAUCGGUUCAACAAUUCGAAGGGGUCUCAGAUUAGCAAAUAUGCUUGCAAGUCUCAAGUUGGUUUAUGAUAUCCAUGAUGUGUGCAUGAGAGUACAGUUGGCUUGAGAAUGAAAUUUGAAACAUGUAUAUUCAAAUUUGCGAAAUGUUGAAAGCAUUACAAGUAGUGCGAAGGGAAACUUUUGAUCACAUGACUUUGUCUACAAAACCAUAGCUGGUGGAUUUUUUGGAAGCUGGAUUUAGAGUCAAAGUUAACUUUUUGAUUCUCUUCUUUCUUCAGUAAUUAGUUCUGUCAGUGUCGCUCAUUCAGUUACCGCAUUUUUUAAGUUCAGUGGUGUGGCUUACAGCUUUCUGAGGUUUUAAGUGGAAGAACAUAGGAAUUUAGCUCAGUGAAGACAAUUCAUGAGUGGGUGCAGUUGCCCUUGUUCAAGGCUCGAUGUAUUUGAUAUACUCUGCCUUUGUUGUUCAUUUGGGUAAAUCCCGAGUUAUAUUGUAGACUUAAGCUUGUUGUGUGGAAUUAGAUUGGCAGAUGGCAUAGAAAUGCACUCUUCACAAGUGCCAUUUAUAGGAACCUUAAUGUCAUCAACAGCCGUUCCUGCUUUGAUUUCUCAGGCAUUGGCUGCAUUGUGGAUAGUGCUGGUUGAAAAUAAAUACUGCCAAACUUUUGCCUUAACCUUGUUGAAUUUCCCUUUGUGUGUUAAAUGAAGAGAGGCUCAUAUGAUAUCAGUUCCUAGUUUUUCAUGGUGUUACUUCUUGCUGUGUAAACGUACCAUUACCUUUCUGAAAAAUUAAAAUUGUAGUAUGGUUUUUACUUGUAUUAA